GACAGGAAUAAAACCAAGGCUCGUGACUCUUCCAAUCAAGGAUGCUUCCGAGAAGCUCUUUUGUAUAUCCACCAAAAUCACGUCAAAUUCAAUGUCAACAACUGAGCUGAACGUCGCAAGAAACUUACCAAGCUUCUCAAUCAGAGACCACUCUCUGUUUCAUGACUUCGAUUCCCAUGCUCGUUUCAGAAACAGUCCUUCUGGUCACGUCCCACUCAUCGCAUGUCACCUCUGAAGCUGAAGUGGGUGUGUUUGUGUGCAGAAUGCAGCCACCGUACGUACGUGAGCAUCAGCAAAUCGACGGCUCCGAUGCUUCCAUCUGCAGCUGGUCGUGUCAUGGGAACUAAGCGCCAUCAGAGUCCCCGGAUACGUCUACCUCAUGUACUGUGCGCCGACUUCCCGCCCUUGGUCAUCCGCCGCUCUCAUCAUUCAUCACCCAUUCGCUAAAUCCUCGACAUGCCUCAACACGACAUUCACUAUUUUCCCUCGCCAUAUAGGGUAGUUUCGACAUAUCAGAUAACAUUUAAAUAUGCCGCACCGCCUCUCCGAGCCAUAAACAACUUAAUCUGUUGAUCUUUUCUCGGUGCGGCUCGAUCCGUGCGUCCGCACAACAAAAAAUAUGCGAGAAAGUGUCUGCCGUCGAUUUUCGAUCGACGGAUCAUGAUACCUCGUGCGUAUAUUUACGCCUAAACCACCCCGAGAACAAAAGUCGACCCGACCGGCUAAGGCGGUGUAGGCGAUCGAACAGAGCGAGGAGCGAGGUAGGCCCCAUCGGAGAGAACACGAAUCUCGCAGCAACACCCUCUCCUUAUUUGUUGUCCAUCUGAGAUCCAACGGCGAGUAAGAAUGUGCGGCCACGUCGGUCACAUCACUAUCACACGCCUCUCGCUCUGGCUUCGUUGGGUGUGAGGAGAAGGCAGAAAAAAGAGGAUCCACAACAAGCAAUGAACCUGUACCCCAAGGGGAAGGGAAAGGUCCACCCGUCGCCAGCGGCGCCACCGUCCGCCGGUGGAGACGAAGGAGGGUCCUCGGUCCAUCGCCACGACGCGCUCGCCGUGCUCAAGCUCCUCCCGGCAGCGAUCCUGGCCCUCACGGCCGCGCUGACUUGCGAGGACAAGGAGGUGCUGGCGUACCUGAUCACGCAGUCGAUCAAUGGUCCCGCCGCCGGAAUGGAGCCGAGGCGGCGCCGGGAAGCGAUGCCGCCGGCUCAUCGGCCGCUCUUCGUCUGCGGAUGCUUCGACUGCUACGCCAGCUUCUGGUCGCGGUGGGACUGCUCCCCCGACCGCGAGCUCAUCCACCAGGCUAUCGAGGCGUUCGAGGAGCGCCUUGCGAGCUCGGAGAACAAGGGCGGUGGUGACGGCUGCAAGGGGCGGCGGAGGGAGCGGCAGGCGAGGGAUAGAGCUGAGAAGGGGAAGGGGAAGCGGAAGAAGGAGCGGGGGAAGUCGGUGGAGGUGGAAGCGUCGGUGGUCCACGAGCUGAAGUUGUUCGAAGCAUCGGUGGCCAGUGGAGCCGCCCGCUUUUCGGGCGAAGUGAAGGAAGCCUCAGAGACAGCAGAGCCCGCAACGGAGGUAACGGGCGAGGAGAGGUGCGGGGAAGAGGAAGCGGUGGCGGUGGCUGUGGCUGUGGCCAGCGAGAGGCGGAGGGGAUGGCCGGACCUGAUGGGGCUCUUCAACCCUCGUUUAUGGAGCCUUUGGUGUCCGGGCAUUUGAGGUCAUUUUGUUUUCUCUCUAUUAAUUUAAAUGAAAAAAAAUCAAAAAAAGAGAAAAUAUAGAAAAUAUAGCUUAAUUGGGUGGUGCUGUUUUGGAAUUUUGAGUCCGCAGAUGCUGUUUAGAGAGUUGUGUAAAUUGUCCAUGUUCCCUAUUCCCGGUAGUUUUGCUGUUUUUUUUCUGGCCGGGAUAUAGAUAUGUGGAUAUUAUUUAGAUAUGUUGUGCUUCACUCAAUCACAGCAUUACUUUAUGUCUAAUAUGGCCCAUGUAAUAUUGCAAUAGCUAGUUUGUAUAAACCAGUUUCACUCAAACUACAAUUGCUAUCGUUGGAAGCUA